AUGGACCCACUCAGGGCACGAGUCCCAGCCAGCAUCCUCCGUGGGGACUCACAGGACCCCCGGGUCCCAGCCAGCAUCCUCUGUGGGGACUCAAAGGACCCCCAGCCAGCGUCCUCUGUAGAAGCUUACAGGAUCCCUGAGUCCCAGCCAGCUUCCUCUGUGGAAGCACACAGGACCCCCAAGUCCCAGCCAUCAUUCUUUGUGGAAACCCUGGGGACCCCCAGUUCCCAGCCAGUGUCCCCUGUGGAAGCCCAUGGAACCCCCAAGUCUCAGCCAGUGUCCUCUGUGAGAGCUUCCAGGACUUCCAGUUCCCAGCCAGUGUCCUCUGUAGAAGCCCAUGGAAGCCCCGAAUCCCAGCCAGUGUCCUCCGUGGAAGCCCAUGGAAGCCCCGAAUCCCAGCCAGUGUCCUCCGUGGAAGCCCAUAGAAGCCCCGAAUCCCAGCCAGUGUCCUCCGUGGAAGCCCAUGGAACCCCCGAAUCCCAGCCAGUGUCCUCCGUGGAAGCCCAUGGAAGCCCCAGGUCCCAGCCAGUGUCCUCCGUGGAAGCCCAUGGAAGCCCCAGGUCCCAGCCAGUGUCCUCCGUGGAAGCCCAUGGAAGCCCCGAAUCCCAGCCAGCAUCCUCCAUGGAAGCCCAUGGAAGCCCCGGCACCACACCCGUCACUGCCUUCAUCAUUGCUGUCCCCCCUCACACCAGCUUCUUCAUUCUCCUCUCACAUACCGUUUCCGCCCUUGUCACUACCAAGACUGUCACCACCUUCCUCACUGAUGUCGUCACUGACGUCAGCUCCAUCCUCCUCUUCAUCACCCUCAUCUCCAUCUUUGCUACGGUUCCCAUCACCUUCCCUGUGGCCACCACAAUCACCUUCAGCGCCACCAUCCCAAGAAUCACCGGAGAGGCCUUCUCAGCUGCGCUCAUGGAUCCCACCUCCCGGAAGUACCAGCUGCUGAGUAAGAAGGUCCGAGACCAGCUGGAACCUGUCUAUCACAAUGCCUUCCCCAGCUUUGAGGGUGUCGAAGCCCUGGUCUUGAGGUCCAGCUCUGUGCGUAGGUCCAAGUCUGUGGCUGUGGCUGCCUCCCUUGUGUUUGGAGGCCAGAGCCCCAGCCCCACAUCCUGCCAAGUCCUCUGGACUCUGUACUGCAAGGUGAAGGCUUCAAGGCAGAUGCUGGGGACGCUGUCCGUGGCUGAGGGCAGCCUGGCCUCUGAUGGAUUAAAUAUGACUCAUUUGGCCCUGGAGACAAUCAGAAUCCAUUUCACAGUUAUGCGGCCCUUCCUGUCCCAGCUCAGUGAGCCUGAUUCAACUCCUUUUGUCCAGCUGGAAGAGCAGACCCUCCAACAGGUCACACCAGUGGUGGAAAAAUUCUACAAGGUGCACCCUCAGGAGAGGCCCCUGCUCCUCUUCAGUAAUGUAGACCAGUGGGUGGACGUUCACAUCGAAUACAAGUUCCCGGCUCCUGUUCCAACCCACAACCAAGGCCUGGCCGAUUAUCUAGCCCAGAAUGUGCUGGACCCCACCCUCCAGAUAUCCAGCCUCAUGGCCAAUGGGGAAAAGGCCCAGUUGGUGCUGUAUGAACUGCGGCUGCAGAUCCUGGACCAACCUUUCACCAAGGCCUUGAAGGACAAAGCCAGCGCUGAGUCGCAGCAGCUGCGGGAGCGGCUGACGAGAGGGCUGACUGCCGCCCUCAGACAUCUGCAGAACAUGAGCCAAGUGGUGGUGGAGGAGUUCCAGCUAGAUCCGCUGACUGCCAGAGUGGGUGCCACCUUCUUCAGGGCUGCACCGGCGGAGGCCCUCGUGCACGACUGCGUGCGCCAGGGUCUGCUCAGCCUGCGGGAGGCCGAGGGCCUCUCAGUGAAGCUGGUCGUCCCAGACCUCGUCACCCCCAGCUCUGGAGUCUCAGCUCAACCCAGCACCUCCAUCCCCAUCUAUAUUGUGGCUCUCCUGGUGCUGAACCUUCUGUUCUUCAUACUGGCCCUUAUCCUGGUGAGCAUCUAG